GACCGGGAAGAGGCAAGUGUAAGCAGAUAUGGCCGGGCCGCGCAUCCUGGUUCCCCGGCUCGAGGGCGUUUCGCGGGAGAGGUUCAUGCAGCACCUCUAUCCACAGAGAAAACCUCUUGUGUUGGAAGGGAUUGAUUUGGGGGCAUGUACAAGCAAAUGGACAGUGGAUUACUUAAGCCAAGUUGGAGGGAAAAAAGAAGUCAAGAUUCAUGUGGCUGCAGUUGCACAGAUGGACUUCAUUAGUAAGAACUUUGUAUAUAGAACUUUACCCUUUGAUGAGUUGGUCCAGAGGGCAGCUGAAGAAAGGCAUAAAGAAUUCUUUAUUUCAGAGGAUGAGAAAUACUACUUACGAUCACUUGGAGAAGACCCUAGAAAAGAUGUUGCAGAUAUCAGAAAGCAAUUUCCUUUGUUGGAAGGAGAUAUUAAGUUUCCAGAAUUCUUCAAAGAGGAACUUUUCUUUUCCAGUGUUUUUCGAAUUAGUUCACCAGGAUUGCAACUUUGGACUCACUAUGAUGUAAUGGAUAACUUUUUAAUACAAGUGACAGGAAAAAAGCGUGUUAUACUCUUCAGUCCUCGAGAUGCCCAGUAUUUAUAUUUAUCAGGUACUAAAUCAGAAGUACUAAAUAUAGAUAACCCAGACUUAGUGAAAUAUCCGCUCUUUUCCAAGGCUAGAAGAUAUGAAUGCACCCUGGGAGCUGGUGAUGUAUUAUUCAUUCCUGCUUUAUGGUUCCAUAAUGUAAUUUCUGAAGAGUUUGGAGUGGGAGUGAAUAUCUUUUGGAAGCACCUUCCAUCUGAAUGCUAUGAUAAAACAGAUACCUAUGGAAACAAAGAUCCUACAGCAGCAUCAAGAGCAGCACAAAUUUUGGACAGAGCCUUAAAAACACUGGCUGAAUUACCAGAAGAAUACAGGGACUUCUAUGCACGGCGAAUGGUCUUACACAUUCAAGACAAAGCCUACAGCAAGAACUUUGAGUAAAUAAUGAAGUGAAUGUAAGGAAUAUAAAUAUUUUAAUAAAAUCUAGCUCACAUAUCAAAAAAGUAUAACAACAUAAAUUCAUUUUUAGAGAUUCACUUUUAAAAUAGAAAAGAUAAAUCAUCUCAGAUUGACAGGUAAGUAUAAAGGGAUGUUUGUGUGGUUUCUUACUUAAAAGAAUGUGAUGCUACUCUUUAGCUUUCAGAUGCAAAUCAUGAAAAAUCCAACUUAAUAUGAUUAACCAAGAAGAAAAUAUAUUGAACCACAAUGCAUGCAGACUUCUGAUAGAAUGGGCUUCAGUGUUUCCGAUCCAGUGAUUCUGUAAUGUCAUCAAGAACCUCGGGAGCUCCCCCCCUCUUUUCAGCCACAGCACUGGCAUCAUCUGAAGGCUGGCCGCCCUCGUGGUCACAGGAUGAUUGCCAGUGGCAGUUGGGGCCUUGUGCAUCUUCAUUUACAUGCAGCGGAAGAGUCGGGCUGGAUUCCAGCGGCCCCAUAUUAAUGAGAAAGCUUUCCCAGUCCUCACUUCCAAAUCCUUGGGUCUCAUUGCUCUAAAGUAGUUUGAACUGGCAAAGGGUAUGGAAUAACUCUCAGGCCAUGCAGGUCUGCUGGGGCUGAGAGUAGAUCAUCUUCAUUUAAGGUACAUGAGGCACAUAUGGGGGCAGAAUGCGUAUUUUUAAAAAUUAGGGUUCUGAUAGGAAAGCAGGUAAACGACCCGAUAUCUUUCAUAUCUGUCUAGAAUCAGUCUUCUGAGGAGCUUUUCUUAAGCAUACAGAGGCCUUGGACCCCAACUUUGAUUCUAUAUGUUUGGGAUAUGGUACAGGUAAAGACCUCACAAGGCGUUCUGAUAUAUAAUCAGGACAGAGAAGCACUGGAUUUGGGGAUAGGGAUUUGGACAUUAUUAUGUAAUUUGCCCAAAACAAAUGUUUAAUCUGGUCCUAAUUUUUCUUGCCAUCCAGUAUGUCCGUUCUACCCCUUUGUUUUUUGAAUGUUAAAAUAUAAACCAGUUUUAAUUCAUACCUAUGUCUAAACCUUAACCUAAUUAGUUUUCCCCACUGUUUUUUUCACUUAGCCCUUUAAGAGAAAAAUGUAUUUUCUUUAAAAGAAUGAAUAAAUGAGAUCCUAAUAAUGUUGUUUUCAUU